ACCGUUUCGCGCGGCACAACAAACUCCGCAGGCUGCUAACAGCCGGCGUGUAUCUGUACCCCGCGUUGUCUCUUUCACGGUAAAUGAAUUCCUUGAACACGAGGCAGUACACGGCGAUCGUAAUCCUGCAGUACGUCGUCCUGCUCUUCGACGUCUGCGUGAAUUCGUUCGCGAGCUUCGCCAGGCGGCAUCCGACGGAGCUGCUAGUGCUCUACGUGAUUCAAGACUUCUGCCUCAUCGUGGCCCUCACGUUGCUCCUGGUGAACUUCUUCUCUACCUAUAUCUUCCAGGCGGGUUUGAUACAGCUGCUGUACACAAGAUUCCGCAUGACGUUAGUACUAUGCAUUAUAUACAUGAUAUUAUCAAUCAGUCUUCACACGUGGCACAUCACUAUACAUUGGUCGGCGCCGUUGAAACAUUAUUGGACAAGAGGAUUUCACGUUCUCUACUCCGCGCACAGAACAGUUGCGGUGUUGUACUACUACUUCUACAAAAGAGCCUCUCUGAGGAUCGGUGAUCCAAGAUUUUACAAAGGUUCCGUUUGGGUGCAGAAGCAGUUGAGUAUCUCGUAACUGCGUGUAAAUAAAAUUCCAUGAUACAAAGGAUUCUUACGAUAUCUUCGCAUUUUAUACAAAUUUGUAUAAUUACAUUACGUGGAUGAGGCAAGAUUGGCAUAUAUUCACAUGAAUUACAAUGCAACUUUUUAAUUCAUAUAUUAAAUAAACUUUGUACAAUUUAUA